CUCUCUGCGUACCUCUUUAUCUCGACGGUUUCGUCAAGUUUGUUCUAAAUUCUAUCUCAAUCAGAGACCAGUCUCGAGGUUUGCUCAUGGCUUCUAAGCGGAUCUUGAAGGAGCUCAAGGAUCUCCAGAACGAUCCUCCUACCUCUUGCAGUGCUGUUCGUUUUUAUAGGAACUUGGUGAAUAAUCUUGUAACAUUUAGGAUUCUCUUCUUUCCCGUAUUUUUUGUGGCUGCUGCUCAUUUGGAAGCUUCGCCUUUGAAGAGUGCAUUUGAUGUCUCACAUUGAGCAUCCCAUGGACUAUAGAAACGAUCUGGCCCUGUAGCUGAAGACAUGUUUCACUGGCAAGCGACAAUACUGGGUCCUCCUGACAGUCCUUAUGCGGGGGGUGUAUUUUUAGUCACUAUUCAUUUUCCUCCUGACUAUCCAUUCAAGCCACCAAAGGUUGCAUUCAGGACAAAGGUUUUUCAUCCAAAUAUCAACAGUAAUGGCAGCAUUUGCCUCGACAUUCUAAAGGAGCAGUGGAGCCCUGCCCUGACAAUAUCUAAGGUAUUGCUCUCUAUACGUUCCCUGUUGACGGAUCCAAACCCAGAUGAUCCUUUGGUGCCAGAAAUUGCUCAUAUGUACAAGACAGACAGGGCCAAGUACGAAGCAACUGCUAGGAGCUGGACUCAGAAAUAUGCCAUGGGCUAGUGCUCUGCGUUUGAGAGAUUUUAGGAUAUCAAACAUUGUUAAUGUACAAAUGAUGUGAUCCGAUUUGCUCUAGCUACGAACAAGUUCAGAAUAGAUUUUUACCGUUCACCCCAUGAAAACAAGAGGUUUCUAAUAUAUCGGUAUCAUGGUAUGGAAGAUGAUGCUGAAUUGUGAAAGAUUUUUAGUUGUUGAAUAUUACCAUUUGUUUAUUUAUAAUCUUUAUCCUAGAAGAUUUAAAUGUGUGCA